CUCAAUUGGGAUCCAGGGUUCGUGUUCCACCUCCGAUCCUGGUUCCAAAACUUCAACGCAUUAUUCCCGAGUCGACCACGCGCAGGGUGUGCGCGGCAAAUGCAAAAGCAGCACCGCACAGCAAAGGACAAGCAGCAUCGUUGUUUCUGCGACAAAGACACUGCUGUGCGUGCAGCUUGAGUUGUAUUUGACCAAGUUGUGCAACCUACCGUACCUAGAAAACCCAGACCAGCGAACACCGCCGUCGCCCAUUUCGCUUCCCGUUACGCUUGUCCUGGAUGGAAGUGUCUGGCGCCUCCUAUUUUUCUCGUCUAGCUUGACCGCUCCUCCUACUUCCUAUCCCUCCCCUCGUGGCGGGUGGAACCUCCAUUACUGUUAUCUAAUUACGGGGCAUCGCACUUUAUCUUUCUAGUCCGCCGACUUUCUUUUUGCUGCGUCUCGUGUCGCCUGCCGAGGGCCGCAAAUAUCAGACGAAACCUGCCGCUCAUCUGAAUUUAAUCGCGGGCGUUGCCAGGUGCCUGGUCUUUUUUUGUUUCUUUGCUGUGGUCCAAGUGCUGCAUCUUCAAGCCGAGUUCGCAUAUUUACCCGAAGCAUUUGCCUUUAUCGUGCCCUUUGUCCAUUGUAAUUGGCCCGACCACCAAACCUAGACGACAAAGGGCCAUUACGGAAUAGACCAGACUGCAUACAACCAUCAUGUCAUCCGGUGAUAAUAAUUCUCCCGGCGGCAGCAGCCGUCCGCAGGCUGUCUCCCGCAACAGCACCAACAAUGCCAGUGGUCGCAACAAUCACGCUCCUGCGAACCCGAGCGGCCUGAGGAACGUCGUCGAUCCUUCCGAAGACGCCAGCGCUACCAACAACAAUGGUGACGCCGGUCCCAGCGAGCCGAGAUCACCUACUCGAAAUGCCGCUUCCGAAACUACGAGCCUGCUACGUGGCGUCCACGACGACCACCACCCUCACGAAGGGCAAUGCAACCACGGCACCUUCUCCCCUCGACCGUCGAGUCCCACGAGCAUUCUCUCGUCCGAACCCUCUUUCGCGACGUCAGAGUCGUCAACCUCCCGCUUGUUCGAGAACUUCCUCGGUACCAUCACGGGCAAUUCAAACGACCCCGACUGGCGGCGGAAGUUGGCACGAAGGAUCAGGAGCAAGAAGAUGCACACAUCCCAGGAGCUGGCCCGCGAGCACGGUAUCCGCGAUUCGCCGCUCAUGUACCUCUCCUACUACAUACCCUGCCUCAAUUGGAUGAGCCAGUACAAGCGCUCGUAUCUCAAGGGAGACCUGAUUGCUGCUGUCACCAUUGCCGGCAUGUACCUGCCGAUGGCCCUGUCCCUGGCCGACAACCUUGCACACGUCCCGCCCAUCAACGGCUUGUAUGGUUUCGUCUUCCAGCCCUUCGUAUAUGCUCUCCUUGGCAGCUCUCCGCAGAUGAUGGUGGGUCCCGAGGCCGCAGGGUCGCUUCUGGUGGGAAGCGUUGUCAAGUCAACUCUCGACCGUACGUCUGGGACUCCGAGUUCCAUGGGAGGAGGGGCCGAGAACGACGCUGAACUGCAAGCCAAGGUUUGCGGCAUCGUGGGUGGGAUCGCCGCGGCUACCGUGUUUAUUGCUGGGUUGACUCGCCUCGGGUUCCUCGACAGUGUGCUUUCGCGGCCGUUCCUCCGGGGUUUCAUCUCGGCCAUCGGCGUCGUUAUUGGCGUCGACCAACUGAUCCCCGAACUCGGUCUCAACAAGCUCGCGGCUGCCACUCCUGCCGUCGGGCACGGCAGCAGCAUGGACAAGCUGCGGUUCAUGUUUGACAAUCUCGACCAGGUUCACAAGAUGACGGCUCUAGUGGCUGGUGUGAGCUUUACUGUCAUUAUGGUUGCGAGAGAAACGAAACGCCGUCUCCAGCCGCGUUAUCCGGGCGUUGCAUACGUCCCCGAUCGGUUCAUUGUUGUCGUCUUGUCUGCAUGGCUUGCAUACUACUUUGAAUGGGAGAAGCACGGCGUCCAGAUCUUGGGCACCGUCAAGGCAGCCUCGGGUCGCCCCUUUACGUUUCGCUGGCCUUUCCAACCCUCUCACGUGGUACAGAUUCGCGACGCCAUGGGUACCUCGUUCCUCCUUGCGAUGCUGGGCUUCUUCGAGUCGUCCGUGGCGGCCAAGAGUCUCGGUGACCAGACCAUAUUCCCGGACAUCCAGCUGAGUCCGAACAGGGAGCUCAUCGCACUCGGCGCUGCCAACCUUUUGGGUUCUUGCUUCAUGAGCCUGCCGGCUUUUGGCGGGUAUGGCAGGAGCAAGGUCAAUCGCCAGACUGGUGGCAAGACGCCCAUGAGCUCUCUGUUUGUCAGCUUCAUUGCUCUGAUGGUUAUCCUCUUUGGCCUGCGGCUAUUCUACUACCUGCCGAAACCGGUACUAUCAUCCCUUAUCAGCGUGGUCGCUUGGUCCCUCAUCGAAGAAUGCCCGCACGACAUUUACUUCUUCCUCCGCAUCCGGGCGUGGCAGGAGCUGUCACUCAUGUUCCUCAUCGUGCUGACGACCAUCUUCUUCUCUCUCAACAUGGGCAUUGCCAUCGGCAUCGGCAUCUCUCUGCUUCUUGUGAUCCGAAACUCGACGCGGCCGCACAUACAGAUUCUCGGCCGCAUUCCUGGAACGAACCGAUUUGAGAAUGCAGAGGCUCACCCGGAGAGGUUGGAGUUUGUCGAGGGCUGCCUGAUCGUCAAGAUCCCGGAGCCGCUGACCUUUGCCAACACAGGCCAGCUCAAAAACAGGCUGCGCCGGCUGGAAUUGUAUGGUACCAACAAAGCGCACCCGGCUUUGCCCCGACUGCGAGCCCAGGUCCAGAACAAGAACGUCGUGUUUGACGUCCAUGGCGUCACAAGCAUGGACGGAUCGGGCACUCAGGUACUCGAAGAGAUUGUUAGGGGCUACCGGGACCGUGGCGUCCGGGUCUUCUUUAGUCGCCUGCCGUCGAGGGACAGCAGCCCGGUAUGGAAGCUCAUGGAGAACAGCGGCAUUGUCGAAAUGGUGGGCGGGAUCGAUCACUUUGUCGAUGACGUGCACGAGGCCCUGCGGUUGACCGAGGGUCCCGAUUCCGGGGAUCUCCCCGCUGCUUCUUGAAGAAGCGCUUCCUGAGUUCAUGAUUUUCUUUCAGGACUGACCAAGAAAAAGAGCGAAAAUAAGAAUACAGACUAAUGCAUGUUACUGGAUUUGGGAGAUUGAGCGAGAAAAAUAGCAUAGAUUAGAAUGCGGUUGGAGAUACCCUGGAGGCCGUCAGCUCUAGUGUUUGGAUAGUUUGGCCAGCAUUGCGACUUUGGGUUUGUUUUUAGUAUCAGCGCUUGCUUGUAUCAUAUAGACGAUGGAUUACAAGAUCACAAAUUAUUGUUGCAACAAGACUUGGAGCAAAAGAGGCACAUGAUCACAAGAACUGUUACGAGGUUGGGCAGGUCACAUCUUCAAUCACGGAUGAGGGGACUUUCAAGGUUUGGUCAUUAUGAUUAUUUAUUUUGAAGCUGGAUUAGCUACUAGUUCUAAUGUGUGGCAAGCACAGCAAGGGAAGGAUCCGUCAGCAGCAGAGCUCCCUCUCAUAGCAGCAGGCGAAGCCACGGAAAAGCAAACACAUCAGUAGCAAGCGCUAAUGGCGCCAAAGUACUCUCCGUGGGCCUUGCCGCUGAGGGUGGUGCCCAUGCUGUUCCUGCAACCCUUGGGGUUGAUGCCCUC